GAAAGGGUCGAGCAGACGAAAAUGGCACACAAACCAUGCUGACUUCACAUGCUGCUGUGCUGUGUCUCGAGCAGAGCAAGUUGUUAUUAUUGAGUUCUGUGAUCUGCUGUCCUGAACUUCUUCCGCAUAAUUAAAACUGCUGCAUUACGUAUUAGGCCUUAUAGUUCUCUUAUGUUAAAACGUUGUCUCUCACAGACUCACGUUACGUUUUUUCUACCCGAUAAACGAAAGACGAAAACACGUAAACAAAAAGUGUACGCAGAUGUACAGCUUAGGACAGUUUUCUUGUAUUGAAACAUGUAUUAAAAGACAGGGCAGCACGUGUAUCUUAUUACCGAUUUUCAAUUUGAAUGUUCAGCAGAAAUGUUAACUCCUUCACGCCGAAUUCUUCUUGAAAACUCUCCUUUAUACUAUCCAUUUGGUAACACUGGUGCUGAAAACAUACUGAAAGACUUCAAUUUCCAAUUAGAUGAAACCAAGAUCCUUUUUCUUGGAUGUGGUGACUUAAGGAACGCUCUAAAUACAGUAGCCAAUAACAAGAAACAAAAGUUAUGCAUUCAUCUAAAUGACUGGAAUCCUUCAGUUAUUGCUCGAAAUAUUGUGAUACUGAAAAUAAUUUCAGCACCGGAUUUCAAUACCAAUAAUGAAGAUGAUGUUGCCUUUUUAUGGGAUCUUUGGUAUAAUGCUGAAUGGCCGGAAGCCACACUCAAGAAAUUUCAAGCGGUUUUAAAGGAACUAUUAUUGGACAAUGCUUUACCAGAAAAUGUUGUUAUUUCAAAAAGCAAAUGCUUGUAAAGCUUUAAAUUUGUCUGGCGUUCAUGGAAUGAUUACUGUUUUAAAACAAAAUCUGAAGCGAAGCUUCUAAUGGAUAAAAUGCACGAAGAAAGAAACAACGCAAUGUUGAAAGGCUGGAUCAGAUUGAAUCCCAAGACUAAUGAUGAGCAAGACAACCCUACGAUACCAGAAGUCGCAAUAGAUGGAUUUGCACUAAAUUUAGCAUCGAAAUUUGAAGACCUUCAAGAUUCAACCAAAGUGCUGAUUAAACAAGAAGCUCGUCAGUAUUUCUCCACGGGUACCUGCAAAUUACAAAGUGGAAUACGAAAUGUAUGCGUCAACCCGACGCUGCUCGACCCCACCACCUAUCGCUGGCAAGUCCACUACCAAUUAUGCCCCUUUGACGGCUACUUACCGUUGACUCGAGAAGAACUUGAUACGUCAGAUAAUAAAGGAAUCCUUAUCCGAACCUGCCAGAAAAUACUUCGGGGCUUUGUGGCUGAUUACAAAAAGCGCAGUGACCGAGUCAAAAUCUUUUUACACUUGGAAGACGCACUGGAGUUUUGCCUCUCUGAAUCAACCUUGUCGUUCGACGUGAUUGAUUGUUCCAAUUUGGCGGAUCACGUUGGAUUAGUUAACUUGAUCAACGCUUGUGAGAAGAGAUUGAUGGAUAAUCCCGAAGCUGUGUUAUAUACCGAGUCUAUGUUGUGGUCAACGUUGGCUCCCUCCAUGUUGAAGUACGUCGAAGAAGCUCUUUGCUGCCCGCUGAGCAUGAUUCCAACGAUUUAUGGAUUGAGACUGACAACUCACGUCGAAUUCGGCUCUAGCAAGCCUUUAAACUUGGGCCAGCAAAUGGCGAAUGCCUUCAAGCUGUGCUGGAAAAAAGUUUUGCCAUUUGGAAAUUUAUCGCUCAGCCCUUCCCCAACCUUGACUCGCUGCCUUGAUCAGCUUACGCAGAAAUGUUUCACAUCGAAUGGUUUUCACCUAGUGGAGGGUAAAAAAACAAAGGAAAGAUGCGGAAUGGCAUGCUACUCCCCACUUACCUUCAAUUACGUGUUGGAUUCCAUGGCCCAGCGCGUUGGAGGGGAUGACUGUUUGAGAAACCUCAAAAUUCACCAAUUGGACUUUUAUUCAGCAUUUAAUUUGGCGCAACGAACAGCACAAGCCUGUAGAAAUGGUAAAGCAAUUUCAAAGGUGUCAUUUGAUAUCCAAACAAAUGUUUAUCCUCUAAUGGGAACGCCCUUAAUCAGGUUCUUAUUAAUCCCGUUUGAAAAACUAAUGGAUUCCUAUACAUUGCAAUUGGUUUCCAGCGACUUUGAAAAAAAUCUUCCCAAAUUAUCUGAAUUGAAUAUCCAUGUCAUCGACAACUGUGAGAUUGAAAUCAAAAAGACUCGUGAUUGUGAAAUGGAAACAAUCGGCGUUUCCUUUCUGCUUGUGCCCGACCACGGUCUCGAAAAAACUCAUGCGGUAUACAUCUACGAUGCUUGGACUGGGUUACCCAUUUCUUUUUGUGAAAAUAUAUCGAAGAUGCGAGAGGAACCGUUUCAUCAACCAUACCCGUGGUGUUCUAAAGGAUCUCCACUUCCUCUGGCCAACAGCAAUGGAUUGCAAAUGAAAGUUAACAACUGCGUCGAAUCUGUGGACUCCUUCAUUCUACAGAUUGUGGUUGAAUGCAGCAGUGAAAAUAUUUCAGGUUUAAAUGUCGCCACGAACCAACGUCUACCUUGUGAGUCAGCCCACGAUGUCAUUAUAUCGUUGAGUCAACCAAAGAGCAUCAAACCGUUGAAAAUAUCUUUCCCUUAUCCCAUCAUGAUCAACGAGAUUCGUGCUACUCUUCGCCGAAAGGAUCGUUCAAUCAACCUCGUCUUAAAAAAGGCCCUCUACGAGCCCUGGCCUUAUGAAUUUCACACUCAACAGUCGAGACGGAUUGUCUUGGAUAGGCUGAAGCUUUGGGAAGAUAAAAACACUGUAGAUUCGUUGGGAUUGCAUCUCGGCUCUCAGUUCAAACUGAGUGAUAUCAAAAAUAUCUCCUUGACAAACAAAUUUGCUUUAAAUGAAGUUCGACAAACCAUCCAAUCGUUCUUUUUGUCUGCAGCUGUCCAUGGCAGAAACGAAUAUUUCGGCAUCCGGAGGAAGGAUUCAACCCAACGCCCUGAUUGGUACAUCCGAGCACAUCUGCCUCUUCGUAUUUCACCUGUGGGCAGUCCACUUUUGAUCCUUUCAGCUGUUGAUCAUCGGCUUGCCGAAAAGCUUAUUGCGCUUGGAAAACUGAACAAGGAUGUUGCUUUUAAUGAUUACGUACGUAUUUAUGCACAACCGUCGAAUGGAACCCAACCUACGAUUUCGACUUUUACGUCAGAAGAAGAGCAACUGCUGCGCUACAUUCUACGACUGAAUUCGACCCAAAUCGUACCCAGCAAUUGGCAAAAGAAGAAUCUUCCCCAAGGAGAAAACAGUCCAUGGCUGGCUACAUUCAUAUCACCACUCUAUGAAAACCACCCAAUCGAUCAAGUAGGCUAUCGUUUGACGCCUGGCAUAAGACCAAAGGAGUGA